AUGAGACGAGUUUCCUCACCGCCCCGCCCACCGGCGCCGCCCACCUGCGCCGCCCAUCUGCGCCGCCCACUUGCGCCGCCCACCAACGCCACCCACCUGCGCCGCCCACCAACGCCGCCCACCUGCGCCGCCCACCAACGCCGCCCACCUGCGCCGCCCACCAACGCCGCCCACCUGCGCCACCCACCUGCUCCGCCCACCUGCUCCGCCCACCAACACCGCCCACCAACACCGCCCACCAACGCCACCCACCUGCGCCGCCCACCAACGCCGCCCACCAACACCGCCCACCAACACCGCCCACCAACACCGCCCACCAACACCGCCCACCAACACCGCCCACCAACGCCACCCAUCAACGCCGCCCACCAACACCGCCCACCAACGCCGCCCACCAACACCGCCCACCAACGCCACCCACCAACACCGCCCACCAACACCACCCACCAACGCCACCCACCAACGCCGCCCACCAACACCGCCCACCAACGCCGCCCACCAACGCCGCCCACCAACGCCACCCACCAACACCGCCCACCAACACCACCCACCAACGCCACCCACCAACGCCGCCCACCAACACCGCCCACCAACACCGCCCACCAACGCCGCCCACCAACGCCGCCCACCAACGCCACCCACCAACGCCACCCACCAACAUCGCCCACCAACGCCACCCACCAACGCCGCCCACCAACGCCGCCCACCAACACCGUCCACCAACACCGCCCACCAACGCCGCCCACCAACGCCGCCCACCAACGCCGCCCACCAACGCCGCCCACCAACACCGUCCACCAACGCCGCCCACCAACGCCACCCACCAACGCCGCCCACCAACGCCGCCCACCAACGCCACCCACCAACGCCGCCCACCAACGCCGCCCACCAACGCCGCCCACCAACACCGUCCACCAACGCCGCCCACCAACGCCACCCACCAACGCCGCCCGUGGCCAGACACGUGUUCUCCACUUAGUGAGAGUGGCGGCCCGUGAGGGAGAGCAGCUGGUGAGAGAGGCGGCCCGUGAGGGAGAGCAGCUGGUGAGAGUGGCGGCCCGUGAGGGAGAGCAGCUGGUGAGAGUGGUGGCCCGUGAGGGAGAGCAGCUGGUGAGAGUGGUGGCCCGUGAGGGAGAGCAGCUGGUGAGAGUGGCGGCCCGUGAGGGAGAGCAGCUGGUGAGAGUGGCGGCCCGUGAGGGAGAGCAGCUGGUGAGAGUGGCGGCCCGUGAGGGAGAGCAGCUGGUGAGAGUGGCGGCCCGUGAGGGAGAGCAGCUGGUGAGAGUGGCGGCCCAUGAGGGAGAGCAGCUGGUGAGAGUGGCGGCCCGUGAGGGAGAGCAGUUAGUGAGAGUGGCGGCCCGUGAGGGAGAGCAGCUGGUGAGAGUGGCGGCCCGUGAGGGAGAGCAGCUGGUGAGAGUGGCGGCCCGUGAGGGAGAGCAGCUGGUGAGAGUGGCGGCCCAUGAGGGAGAGCAGCUGGUGAGAGUGGCGGCCCGUGAGGGAGAGCAGCUGGUGAGAGUGGCGGCCCGUGAGGGAGAGCAGCUGGUGAGAGUGGCGGCCCGUGAGGGAGAGCAGCUGGUGAGAGUGGCGGCCCGUGAGGGAGAGCAGCUGGUGAGAGUGGCGGCCCAUGAGGGAGAGCAGCUGGUGAGAGUGGCGGCCCGUGAGGGAGAGCAGCUGGUGAGAGUGGCGGCCCGUGAGGGAGAGCAGCUGGUGAGAGUGGCGGCCCAUGAGGGAGAGCAGCUGGUGAGAGUGGCGGCCCGUGAGGGAGAGCAGCUGGUGAGAGUGGCGGCCCGUGAGGGAGAGCAGCUGGUGAGAGGGGAGAACGAGGUCAACGACCGUGAGGAGUUGUUUAACGAGCGCGGCGGCGGCGGCUCGUCCGGUGGCGGGAAUUGUGAUGAGCAAUCACAGUCGCCGGACGAGGCAAUAUCGCCGGCAGAAGCGGGAAUAGAGUUCUCUAAUCACUCCCACCACGACCACACGACGACCUUACUGGUGGAGGUGGUC